AUGGCCGGCAUUUUUCGACUUAUUCUACUUGUUCCCAUUUUUUCGGCACUAUUUAUUGAAGGUUAGUUGAUUUUUUCUUCUGGAAAGGCAAAAAAUAAUCUUGAGGGUUAAUCUGAGCAAUGCAUAUGCCCUCGGGGUGCACUUUUUUGAUGGAAUAUGUAGAAAAAUGUCAGUUUUUGAUGAGAUUGUAAAAAAAUGUUUGAUUUUUGUUUUGUGUUACAAAAAAAGAGCAGCUGAAAAGUUUUUAUUUCAAAGAACAGGAGUUCAAUGAACCCAAACACUGGUUAUCCAAACUUCUGACUUAACAACAUUUGAAGAUAUUAAACUUUUUACAAAAGUUCGAUAUUCCUUGACAGUUAUAAUCAUAACUAUACAAUUAAUACUUGAAUGACAACUGAAUAGUAACUCAUGAAAAAUUAGAAAAUUAGGAUUUCCAAAUCCAAAAUAUAUAUCGAGAAGGAAAACAGUGAGGGGAAGAACUAGAAUAAUGCAUGUGAAAGCCUGAAAUAAUCAUGUCCUCAUUUAAAAAAUGAAAAAUUCUUCUGCGAAUACCUGCGCGAAUAAGCUAUUGAUUGCAUUUUGAUGGACUUUACGUGUUGAGGUUGAUAAAGUUCUCAUAAUUCUUCGGAACGUUAUUAACAUAUGAUAACUUAUUAAUAAUAACAGAAUAACGGCUAUGAAAAAACAAAUAGAUGUAUAAAAUAUCAAAAUUGUGACGGUUUUAUUAUCCUCCAAGAAUGCAAAAGUUUCCAAUUUUUCGAAUUUUGGAUAUUCACUUGGAUAUUUUUUUUGAAUUAUUUCUAGUGAUUUUUCUCGAGGUGUUUCAAGCAGUAUGAUUUGAAUGAAUUCAAUGAUAAUUAGAAAAAUUAGAAAAAUCUUUAGAAUAAUUUUAGACUUGGGCUUGAGAGUAAAAAUUGCGUUAUUUGCAAGUUGCAUUACGAUUUGAUGUUUCUCUAUGAAUUGAAAGUAUAAAGUUGUAAAUUGGGCAAACAGAAAAAACCCCAAAGCUAUCAAUGCUUGAUAAGAAUUGAACUCGAAAAUCUUCCAAAGAUAUCCAUCCGAAGUCACAAUUCCCCAAAUCGGAAAAGUAAAUACAAAUUGACAACCAAGAUUGAAUAGAACAUCAAGAAAAAUUGAGCUGAUUUGAAAACAUAGUAGAUAAUAUUUAUAUUUUCCAAUUUUCGAACUUUUAUAAAGAAUCAAAUAUAUUCCAAAUGAAUUGAUAAUUAGUGAGAUAAUCGAGAUAAUAUGAUAUGAAAUUAGAGCCCAAAAUGGGUUUUCAUAAAUUAUAUUUUCCAAAUUCAUAUGCCAAUAUGAAGUGGUAAAAUGAAUUAGCCGAUUAUUUGAUAGACGGCAAUAAAAAAUAAUUCAGCUGCUUUUUGGUUGGUUAAUUUGUUAGAACCUGGAUUAUUGAGUUUAUGUGAUGUUUUAUUAUCAAGAAUUGUGGUUUGUGAACUCCAGCACAAUGUUCGGAAAUGGAGAACGUGCUCGAAUGACAACCAGAAUUAAAUUUUUUUGAGCAUUUUCUGAGAGGUCGUUCAAACAUGUUGCAUACUCUUUUAAACAUCGUACUCUGCUCCCACGUAUUAUCAUUUUUCUAAUUAUGUCGAAAAAUUCUACGAAGCGAGAAGAUAAUGAUGAAAUCAAAUAACCAUGAAUUCUUUUAUGUGUUUUUCUAAUAUCUCACCUCAUUAUAUUUCAUCACUAGCCAACAUUGUCUACCUUUAAAAAAAGGAGUAAAAAUUAAGAAAUAGUGAUUUUUUUGUGUAAUUAUAUAUUAUCGAUAGAUGCUACGGGAAAAUAUAUAUUUUCAUUUUUGAUUAUUUCGACUUUUACAAACUUUUUUGCUGAGGCGGAGUUUUCUAAUUCUUGAUUAGAUUUUCUUUGAUUUAUUGCUACUUGGACAGCUGGUUUCGAAAAAUCAAAAGUAGCUAUAGUUUGCAAAAGACGUUCAUUAUAAAGUUCAUUCAUUUACUUUAUUAGGUGACAUGAACCUUGAAUAUAUUAUUUUUGAAAACCCAUUUUGGGCACUUAUGUCCUAUCAUAUUAUUUUGAUUAUUUCAUUAAUUAUCAAUAGUUUUGAGAUAUAUUUAAUAAUUCAUAAAAGUUCUAAACUUGGAAACUAUAAAUAUUAUUUACUAGCUUUUCAAAUUCUUUCAAUCCUUGUUGAUGUUAUUUUUACUCUUGGUUGUCAAAUUGUAUUCACUUUCCCGAUUUGGGCUCUUACAACCCGUGACGGCUAUUUUUGGAAAAUGUUCGGAAUUCAAGCAUAUCAAUCAGCGGUAAGCGAUAUUUUUCGAAUGAUUUUCAGUAUUUCCCAUGACGAGUUUUCAGCGGAUACUCGGAUUUUUUGUGCUUUGUCAAGCUAUGGUUUUAUGCUUACAGUUUAUUGAAAAACAUCAAACGUUUAUGGAACUUGAAAAUAACAAUCGUUUUAAAAUGAAACAUAUAUCCAGAUAUAUUUUAUAUUUUUCUAUGGUUCUAGUUUCCUUAAUUGAUUUUAUUUUAUUUUCUUUUUCUGAUAUUCCCAGAGAAAAAUGUCUAAAACUUAUCCAACAAUUAUUUCCAAGUGUUUAUCCGCAGUUCGAGAAAUUAGAAACUUUUGGAUGUUUUCAUGAUAGUCGAAUUCUAUUUAUUUUUAUAUGUUUUACAGUAGUCCUUGUUUUCUGCGCUUUCAUUUGUGCGUUAUCACUUAGUUACCAUAUGUUAAAAACUUUUAAUAGAGUUAUGGAAACUUUAUCAAUUUCAAAACGGAAAUUUCAUCGAAAUUCCAUGUAUAGUUUGUUUGCACAGGUUGAGUUAUUUGAGAUGCUUUAUCUUGAAAAACAUAUUUGUUUGUUUUUAAGGCGUCAGUAUGUGUGGUUCUUGUUGUUCCAGUGUUGGCAAUAUUUAUUAAUACAUAUUUAGAAUUUGCAAAUCCUAAUGUUUCAAUAAUCCAUCAACUAAUCUUCAGUUGUCAUUCAAGUAUCAAUUGUAUAGUUAUGAUUAUCACAGUUAAAGAAUAUCGAUGUUUCGUGAAAAGUUUAAUAUCCUCAAAUAUUGUUAAGUCAUAUGUUUGGAAAACUAGUGUUUGGGCUCAUUAAAAAUCCUGUUCUUUGAAAUAAAAUUUUCAGAUGAUCUCGUUGAAAUUCAACAAAAAUACUGUUACUGAGGUUUUUCCAUCAAAAAUAGGGCAUUGCUCAUAUCAAAUCUUUAGAUUUGGGGAUUCAUUAAAAUUUUCACGGUAUUGGGGGGGGGGGGCUGCUCUGCAUUUCAACCAGAAAACAUUUCUGUUCCGAUUAAAAUUAUAAUGGGAUGAAAAAAUUAAUAAUGCUAUGUGAGUCUUCAAAAUAUUGAAAAAAUUACACAUUCCAUAAAAUACCAUAAAAUUAACGCGUUGUGUUGCUCAUCUUUAAUAAUAGAUAUUGCUCAAAAACGAUAGUUUUUCCGAUUGCCAUAGAUUUUCAGAAAUUCAUUUUUCAUUUUAAUCAUUUGUAUGCUCUUUUUUGAGACAUUCAUUUUUGAUAGUUCAUAAUAUAUUUCUUAAAUUGACUCUGCAUUUUAAUAGAGGUUAUCUAUUUUAAUAGAGGUUAUAGAGGUUAUCUAGGUUUAAACUUUUCCGACAGCUGCAAUUUUCCAUUUCCGUUCAUGAAAUCAGUCAUUUCCAUUUCAAUAACUAAAUGAAGCUUGAAAAUAUUACCUAUAAAAAUCCAUUUUGGGUUCUUAUAUCCUAUCAUAUUAUUUCAAUCAUCUCAUUAAUUAUCAAUUUGUUCGGAAUUUAUUUAAUAAUACAUAAAAGUUCGAAAAUUGGAAACUAUAAAUAUUAUUUAUUAGCAUUUCUAAUCUGCUCGAUUUUUGUUGAUAUUGAUCUGACUAUUGGUGCUCAAUAUGUUGUAACUCUACCAAUUUUUGCGUUUUCAACAUCAGAUGGUUAUUUUUGGAAAUUCUUUGGAAUCUCAGCAUUUAAAUCUGCAGUUUUCUUGGCCUGUUUCAUGCUUUCACAAGUCAAUAUUCUGUUCUUUCAAUUCGUAGAGAAGCAUCAAAUGGUUAUGCAACUUGCGAAUCGCAAAUGUUUCCUACUGAAACCUAUCUCUAAAUUCUGUGUUAAUCUAAUUUCGGUGCCAUUUUACUCGGCUAUAUUAAUUAUAUUUAUGUUUUGUGAAAUUCCUCGUGAAAAAUCGCUGGAAAUCAUAGAAGAAAAAUAUGCAAGCGUAUAUCCGAAAUUCAAGAAAAUCGAAACUUUUGCUCUUCUCGAUGAUAGUCAGCAUUUGAUGCUUUUAUUUUAUUAUAUAACUUUCUGUUUUCUGGUAUCAGUAUUUUUAUUAUUAAGUUUAAGUUAUCAAAUGUUGACUAGUUUUUGGAGAAUUAUGGAAGUGUUAUCGAACGAGAAUCGACAAAUACAUCAGAGUGCCAUUUAUAGUUUGUUCGCGCAGGUUUGAAACUCGAAGCAAUAUUCUUGAUCAACCAUUUUUUGAGGCAUUGACAUGUUCUGUUCUCGUCGUUCCGAUUUUCGGAUUUUUAAUCGAUUUUUUCUUUGGAUUUGGCGAUCAAUAUCUACUAUUCUUUCAUGAAUUAUUGAUUAGUUCUCAUUCAACUAUUAAUUGCAUUGUUAUGAUUUUGACUGUCAAAGAAUAUCGAGAAUAUGUGAACAGCUUGGUAUUUUCAAAUGUUGUCAAGACGCGUGUGAUAAAAAGUAGUAUAUUAGUUCAAUAGAAUUCUUGUAAUGAAAAUCACCUGUUUCAUCUGAUGUUUCGAAUUAUUACGCUCAAUAGCCUACAACUUGAUUCACAAUAAAUAACAGGUCAUAACUCAUAGAACCUGAUAAAUAACUCGGACAGAUAUUCGCUGAAUUCACGACACGUUGGCGAAGAUCUGCAGAACUUUUCAGCAGAUCAAGUGAGCUAAACAAGUGAGCUGAUUUUGCGACCGCCGCAGGGAAAAUGCUGAAUGAGUUGCGACUGUUUUCUUAAAUUUCGAGUUUUCGAAAAGUGUAGCACAUUUGCUCAAAACUGCCGAACUUCUGCACCAACAAAUUAGCGCCAAUGAUGCGGAUAUUUUCCCGGGUGGAGAAGAACUAAACAAUAUUAAUAGUUUCUAAGCUUAUAGCUUUUAUAAACUGUCAAAUAUAUUCCAUACUAAAUAUUGAUAGUUAGUGAUAAAAUUUCGAUAAUAGUAUAGGAAACUAGAACCCAAAAUGGGUAUUAUCCAGAUUCAUAUAAAGUUGAACAAUGUUCAUGCAUUAAACACUGAAUUAUUUCAGCUGUUUUUUGGUUUGUUGAAUUCUAGAAGCCAAGAUUUUUGGACAUAAUCAUGUGAUUUAAUUAAAAGUGAAAUAUAUAGUAUUCUUAAAAGAAUUUAUUUUCCAAGAUAAAACAUAAUUGUUGCUAGAAAAUUAGAUAUUUUGAUUUCCUGGUAGUAUUACAUCACAUGACUAUGUUCAAAAAUCAUUUUUUUUUCCAUCAGCUUACUAGAACUCACUCAAAAACAGCUGCAAUUUAUUUGUCGCAGUCAAUUAUAUGAUCGUUAUUUUCCACUUCAUGUUGGCAUAUGAAUUUGGAAAAUAUAAGUUAUAAAAACCCAUUUUGGGCUCUAAUUUCAUAUCAUAUUAUCUCGAUUAUCUCAUUAAUUAUCAAUUCAUUUGGAAUAUAUUUGAUUCUUUAUAAAAGUUCGAAAAUUGGAAAAUAUAAAUAUUAUUUACUAUCUUUUCAAAUCUGCUCGAUUUUUGUUGAUAUUAUUUUCACUCUAGGUUGUCAAUUUGUAUUCACUUUUCCGAUUUGGGGAUGCGUAACUUCAGAUGGAUAUUUGUGGAGAAUUUUUGGCCUAAAUUCGUAUAAAGCGUUGACAGUUCUGGCCUUUUUUCUCUUCGCUCAAGUUACUAUUUUAUUUUUUCAAUUCAUAGAAAAACACCAAAGUGUUAUGCAACUUGCAAAUCACAAAUUUCUCUAUUCAAAACCGAUUCCUAAAAAUAUUUUAAGAAUAAUUGUUCCCUUACUCAUUUGGACUGUAGAGAUCUUCGUCCCUAUGUUUGAAGUUCCACGAGAAAAACUGCUAGAAAUAAUCCAUCAAAAAUAUCCAAGUGAAUAUAUGAAAUUCGAGAAGUUGGAAACUUUUGCAUUUGUGGAAGAUAAUGAAAUUGUAUCAGUUGUAUUGUAUUAUGCAUCUAUUGUAUUUCUUCUAGCAGUUAUUUUAUUAUUAUCAAUGAGUUAUCAUAUGUUAACAACUUUCAAAAAAAUUAUGGGAAAUUUAUCAAGUUCAAAUCGAAAAUUCCAUCAAAACGCGAUUAAUAGCCUAUUUGCGCAGGUAAUAAACAAUAUUACUUUUAUUUUUAAUUUAAUUUUUGAGGCGUUUGCUUGCGUUGUUUUGAUAACUCCACUUUCUGCAUUUCUCGUUGAUCUACAUUUCGGAUUUGGGAAUUCUAAUUUUCUAAUUUUUCAUGAGUUACUAUUCAGUUGUCAUGCAAGUAUUAAUUGCAUAGUUAUGAUUAUAACUGUCAAGGAAUAUCGAAUUUUUGUGAAGAGUUUGGUAUUUUCAAAUGUUGUUAGGACAGAAGCUUGGAAAAGUAGUGUAAGAGUAUACUAGACUUGUUUUCGUGAUUUUUCAAAAUAAAAUUUUAAACAAAAGACUACAGAUGAUGAGAAAUCCGAUUACCCGAACCAAUUUUGGUGGUGGGUGGUUUUCUUUUUUUUUUUCCUUUGUCAAAAUUUUUGGAGUCAUUAAGAGCGCGCGGCACUUAAAAGCAGAAAAAAGGCACGAGAUGAGGGAGGAGAGGGAGAUUAAUUGGUUUUUUUAGGGAAUGGACGACGCGAAAAACAGAUGAAUUUUUGCGUGUCGAGAGUAGGGAAAAGGGGAAGGAGGAUUUUUGAAAAUAUAGGGAUUUUGGCGCCGAUAAAUUUGGGGAUCUUGAAAAAAUUGGAAUUUUUUUAUAUGAAAAAUUACUGUUUCAAAGUUUUGGUAAUUUAUGUAGAAAUGAAAAAUUGAAAUAAUUUGCUUUCUGUAUUUUUUGAAUUUCAAAAUUUUAUUGUUUCAAGUUUAUUAUGAUUUUUGUGCAGCUGAUUUGGGUUUUAAUUGGGAAUUGGAAAUUAUCAACAAAAUUUGAAAUUCGCACAAAAGUUUCAGAAUUUGAUGAAUCAGUGCAAUUUAUUUUUUUCCGUUUUAAAAUUUCACUCUUUCAAAAAUUGCACAAACAAAAAAAUCUAUAUAAAUUAUAUUUUUAUAGAUUUGUAAAUUAAAUUUUUUUUCAAAGACUCAUUUUAAUCAACUUUUCAAGAGAAAACAAUACCCUGUAAACUUAUUUGCGAGUAUAUUUUUUUUACCUAAAAAUUUGAUUUCAUUUUUUUUCAUAAACUUAUAAUAUGUGUAAUCUUUCUCCUCUUCCGCUCUAAUUUUUCCAAUCAAAAAAUAUUUAUACAUAUAUACUAUCUGAGUACACAUCUUCCUUCUCCUCCUACUAUUUCCUCUUUUUUUUCACUCACUCACUCAAAACCUAAUUGAGGCUUUUCCGGGGUGGACGUGGAUGUAAAAAUAAAAAUGUGUGAAAAACUGACAUUGUAUACUCUUGGGAACAACUUUGGGGAGAAACAAAAAAAAGUUUGAGAAGGCAAGAAAAAAUGGGGGAUCUGUGAGGUUUUUAAGGGGGACAAAUUAUGGGUGAAUCUGGAUUAUAUUUAGACUUGAAUUUCAGGUUUGCGGUUUAGGCUUGAACAUUUUGAGAAUGUUGUUUUGAAAAAAACAUAAAGGGUCCCAAAAAAUGGAGACCCCUUUAAAAAUGCAAUAAAAAUCCAAAUUUUCAGCCUCCUCCCGCUGUCGAUUACCAUGGAUCGGAACUUGGCUGGAAAAUGGCAUCGAAGUUAACAUAACUCACAAUUCAAUAGGAAAUUUGGGAAAUUGUGUGAGAAAAUCGAGAGAUUUAUUUUUGCUAACAAGUGACACAAAUCGAGGAUCCUGUUAUCGAUGUUUGAUUACUUUUCCAGUUCAUGAGAAUGUGUUGCAUUAUAAAGUGACACAGUGCAAUUUUGAUAAUGAUAUUUCGUUUGAAAGAUGUUCUCAAAUGAUGAGUGCUGAUACAACUAUGCAUACAUUGUUUAGAAGUGAGUUUUUGAGGAGUGGGUGUCUUGGUGGAAGGUGGACAAACAUUGACAUUUCCAGCUAACUUUUCUCUGGAUUUUUUUUUGUGAAAAAGUGAUAUAUUUUUGAAAAAACCAUCAGAAGGGUUUCCCAAAAGCCCCAGGGGAUUUUUUCUCGAAAGGCCUAAAAAGGUCCGAAAAAAAUAUUCCAUGAACUUUUUUCAUACGUGGUACCUAGUUUAUGGAACAUUUUUUCUGGACGUUUCCAGAAAAAAUCCCUUUGAGGUUUUACUACUUUUGGGGAGCCUUUAACUUUGCGACAAAAAAAAUUUGUCGUCUUACCCCCCCCCCUUUAAACAAAUGCCGAUACUUUUAAAUUAAUUGAAUUUUUUUACUGGGUCAAAUUCAAAAACAAAUUUUUUAUAGAAUUUAUUUCUCGAAAAUUUUUUAAAUUCAAAGUUUCAAAAAUUUGAGAAAGUAAAGUCCGUUAUAUGUAAAAUUAUUGUUUUUUAAACAAGUGAUUCUAAAAAAUUUAUCGUGUUGAAUUUUAAUUAGAACUUCUGGAAAUUACCUCAAAUUUUUAUUUUACAGAAAAUUCACUGUUUCUAAAAUUAUAGAAAAUAAAAUCAAUUUUAUUUGGUUCAGAUUUUGCAACUAGUUAUCCGUGAACUCGCACUCAAUUUUCCCUUAACAAAAAUAGGAAUUUUCAGAAGAUUCCACUCCAACCUCUUGUCCAAUCGAAGCUCCUCUCAAUUUCACAUAUCAAUCCAAUACUGGCUCAUGCACAAGUCGAACUUCUCAUCUCCAUAGAUGUUCGCAGUUUGAUCGUUUAGCUUUGCAUUAUCAGGCUUGUCCAGAAGUUCCGAAUCGAGAAGCUUCGAUUCGACAAAUUGAAUGUAUUGGAUCUUGGCAAUCUUAUGGACAGAAUUAUUUCGCUGCGCGGGUUUUUGAUAGAAAUGGAGAGCAUUAUAAGUGCUUUGUGAGUUUUUUUUGGGGGGGGGGGGCAAACUAAUGAACUUUCUAAUCUACAAAAUUAUCACUGUUUCAAAAAAUUUAAUUAAAAAUUUUUUAAAAGUAAUUUUUUGAAAUGUUGAAGAAAAGAAAUGUAAAAUAAAAAAUCGAAAUUAGUUCAAAAAUUCACAAAACCUAUCAAAAACCAGAAAAUCUUCCCAUCAACCCCUCCCUAUGUUUUCCAGAUUCUCGAAAAAUUCGGCUCUUCCGGAAGAAUCGGUGAAUCCGCUGAUUCCGCUUGCCAAGAACUCACUCAUAUUGACGCCGCCGCAACAUCGCUCACAUUCCGCCAAGAUACACCAAUUCAACCGGGAUGCGAGUUUCCGAGUUCGAUUUCCGGUGUUCCUUGGGAAUCGAUGAGCACUGGUGAAAGUCAUAAGAUAUAUCAGAACACGUGGAUUUCUUCGAUAAAAAUGAGAAAUGAAACUGUUUGGAUGUGCCUGAAGUCUGAGGCUGGAGAUAAAUUUGGAAGAAAUCCUGAAAUUUAUACUUUUCGAACGUUUGUCACAAAAGGUUGUCAAAUUGGAUAUCAGUGUAUUCGAAUUCAUCAACGUAAACGGUUUCUGAUUCACAUUGAAUAUGGAGAGAUUCAUGAAUCUACCACUGAAUUCGAUGAGUGCUUAGAUGACUUUCUCGUGGAAUCCAGAGAUACUAUGAUUCUGAAUCAGGCUGAAGAGGAAUGUCCAAUUGGCGGAAAACAUUUUUCGAAAAAUUUGAGAAUUUGUGGAGGAGAUUUGGAAGAGGAAAAGGUGACAAUGAUGGUUGGAUGUGGAUCGAAGUAUGAGAUGAAAGUGUCGAGAGGAGAAGAUUGUCAAAGGGUGGAUAAGGGUGAGUUUUUUGGGGUGAAAUUCUGGAUUGUGGAACUGUAUUUUUGCUUCCAAAAAUUAAAAAUAUCAUAUGUAACGUUUUUUUCAUUAGUUCCGUAUCCAACGGUUUUUUUCUGAGAAAUUCGUUUCGAAAUUUGCAUUAUUUUUUGAGAAUUGAUGUUCCGAUGAAAAAGAAUUUCAACUCUUUCUGAAAUUUAUAAAUAAAUUCUGCAGAAAUUCUGGAAAUUUGGGCUGAAACUUUGAAUAAUAAAUAAAAUUUUUGAUGAGUAUUUUUUAAUCAAAAAAAUCGCAAUUGUAUUUUCAGCCCAAAAAAAGAUAACAAGAAAAAAAUUCUCGAACAUAAUUUACUGUUUAAAAAAUGUCAUUUUCUGCCUUGUUUUUAUAAUUGAAUGAUAUGCGUACAUUGUUUGAAAAAUAAAUUAAUUUUCAAUAAAAUCCAAAUUCUUGCAGACGAAUUCACAUGUGUCACUGGUUAUAAACACGAUGGAAAUGAUUUCAUUAUAGUCCGCGAUAAUUUGUCAAGACAACUUCAUUGUAUUGUGAGCUUUCUGGCUUUUUCAGGCUUUGUGAUCCAAAUAUCCCAAAUUUCAGACGUAUAUUUCAUCACGUAUCAAUCUUUUGCGUCUCUACGAUCGUGUUUCUUGCGAUCACAUUUCCGUAAAUAGCGCAAACCCAUCUCUGACUUUGAACUUCAGUUCAACUGAUUCAUGUUCUCCCUCACUUCUCACCGGUUUUCUUUACUCUGCCACGUCAUUUUCCACGUCAGAAUUGAGUUUUUCAAAUCUGAUUUUGAUUUUUCUAGUAUUAGUCACUCGAAAUGGGUUUUUUUGAACUUGAUUGUUUUGUUGUAUGAUUACGGGUUCAUAAAUUAUGGAUUUUCCACAAAAUUGUUCCAUUUUUUCAGAAUAAUUUAGAAAAAGAAUGUUACAGUAAGCUCUGCAGUUCUAACCUCUCUUAGAUGUUGCUCCAAAAAAAUGAUAAUUCAGAGUAUAGCAUCAAAAAAAUCAAGCUUUCAGUAAAAUUUGAAUAAAUUCGUGAUAGCGGUCAGGUGAACAAACAAUUCAGUUUCAACCCCUGAAUGCCCCCUUUCCCCUAUGUCUCCAUUUUUUUUUCAAAUUCUCCACAUGAACAAAAGAUUUUCAAGCAAAAUCAUAUCAAUUUUCCUAUUAAUUUUUCUAGUUUUAAUUUUCUGGAAAGUUUUCCUGUCCAAAAAAUCGUUUAAAAAUUCGCGCAUCGAAAUUGAAAUUCAAAAUCCUAUAGCGAUUCUGAUGGUUCUGGCGAAAAAUACAGAUUUAUCGGAAUAUGAAUUGGCUGUUGAUUCGAUUGAAUGUUAUUCGAGGAUUCAGAAUUAUCAAUUUAUUAUUGUUGAUGAUCAGGAUUUUGAGUGUGAGCAGAAAGAUGUGAGUUGAAAAAAGGAGAAGGUGGCCAUGACAACAAUUCAGAGUUUUUAUUUGUGAGUUAGAUUCUGAUUCACUCCCUAAACUAUCAUAGAAAACUGAUUCAAAAUUUCGAAGUUUCAAAUUUUAAUUCACAGCUUUCUCUUAAAAUUCAAACUAUUAUUUUUUUUAAUUCUUUAAAACUAUUUAACUCUAAAUUUGCCACAUCAAACCUCAUUUUUAUUUUCAGAAGUUUUUCCGUCGUCACUGCGUAGUUGCUCAACUUCUUCCAUUUUUCAAAACUAUAAUUUUUCUUGAUGCAGAUGUUGGAAUUGUGAAUCCGAAAAAACGUAUCGAAGAUUUCCAGAAACCAGAAUUCGAUAUUAUUUUCUAUGAUCGAUUUUAUAAUUGGGAAAUUGCACUAGGCUCAUAUAUUGUCAGAAAUACUCAAUUUUCCAUUGAUUUGCUCACUGAUUUUGCCAAUUAUGAAAAAAAGUUGCCGAAAAGUUUUCAUGGAACUGAUAAUGGAGCUGUGCAUGUGAGUUAUGAUAAGAACGAAGAAGCUGAAGUUUUAGAGUUGAAAUUCGAGACUCGAAAAAAUAACCAUGUGAAAGAUUUUGUGAACUUAGGGUUUUUAAAACCAGGAAUUUUGUGAAAUUAAAUUUUCCGAAGAAUCGACAAAAAAUUUUGAAACAGUAAAAAUUAUCACGGAAAACCAUUCAAAUCUGCCACUUCAUAGCUCGAAUUUUCCAGCUCUUCCUGGCCAAACGAAUAUUUCCUGAUGUUUCUUUCGAACAUUGUGAAGUUAUGUAUAACAAAACUGGAUUUUAUCAAGAUCUUUUCACUUACGAAGCUUGUAUUCGAGCAAAACUUGGAGUAAAAACAGAUUUCGGAAAAAUUCAAAUUAUGCGAAAAGGAAGAAGUUGGAUUCGCGAUGAUUGGUUAUAUGGUGGAAAAUGGAAUCCGGAACUCGAUUUUAUGUUGCAUGGCUGGAAAAUGUCACAACUUAUACCAACUCCAAAAAUUGCCAAUUUGAAAACUUUUCCAAUGAGUCGAGUUAGUUGGUAUUAUCCAUUAGUUGGAAAAUUGGAAUUGGAGAAAUGUGGACCUUGGAAUUCCACGUGGAAUUAUGAGCAGAGAUUAAUUGCAAGUCGCGAAGAAAUCGAGGAAAUUCGCGAUAAAUUUGAGAGUUUUGUAGAUUUGCAGCAAAUUUUUGGAAUGUCCAGAAUGAGACAACUUUAUGAGAGAAAGAGGCUUGGAUUUUUUGGAAAAAUGAUUUGGCGUAUGUAG